AUGUUUUUGCUUUAUUUCAAAUUUUCUUUUCUUUUUCUUUCCUUUCAUUUUGUAUUUGAUUGUUGUACACCUUUUUCUGCUUCGUUUACUUAUAUAUUCAUUUUAUUUUCUGAUGAUAUUUCUAUUACUGCCAUUGCCCUUUUUCUCUUUUUCCACUCGUUUUUUUUUCUGUUAAAUUUUUUCGUUUUUCUUUCUUUGUUCUCUUUACUGUUUUCCUUCUUUUCUUCAUUUUUUCCAUCUUCUCAUUAUCCUUUGACUUUUUCUUCUCCUUUAGAUUGCUUUGUCGCUUUCUUUGAUGCUUUUUCCUUAUUUUCUCUUUUAACUCUGGCAUCAUUUUCUUUUCUCUGCUACUCUUUAUUUUUCAAUUUUCUUUCUUUUUCGCCAUGUUUGUUUUCUGUUUUCUUCAUCCUAGAUUUCAUAUCCACAUUCUUCCUUUUCGUUAAACCCCAUUUCUCGUCCCCUUAUCUUUUUUUUCCUUCUCUUUUCCAGUCAUUUAUCUCUUUCUUUUAUUCACCGCCCGCUUCUUUCGUCACAAUUCAGAAAAUGCUUUCCAUCUUAGCUCCCUCAGAAAUGUAA